GUGAAUGGAUGCAUGGAAUACGAGGUGAUCCGGUUCGGUCAGGAUUAACUGAAUCGGGUUUAACGUUGUAGUGUUAUACCCAGAAUCUCCGAUAAAUUUCAUACAUAUCUGGGUUUACGCAGGUUGUCUCUUCGCCCUCGACUCUGAAGGAGUGUGCUAUUAGUGUUCAAUACUUAUUUGGCUUUCGGUAAUGGAACCUUUGGCAGAAGAGUACUCUGCAUUUGAAGAGAGAGUUAAACGGACUGUGUAUAUUGACAACCUCUCGCCCCUAGUUAAUGAAUCUAUCCUUAGAUCUGCUUUUGGUCAGUUUGGGAAUGUCCUUAGUGUUCAGUUUAUUCCGAAUUACUUGGAGCCAAGAAUCACCUCUCAAGCUGCUUUGAUCGAGGUGGACAAUCCUAAGCAGGCCAAAGGGAUAAUAUCUGAUAUCACUAAUUCCCCCUUUAUGGUAUCUGGAAUGCCGAGGCCUGUGAGGGCACUCCCUGCAGAACCGGAGAUGUUUGAUGAUCGUCCAAGAAAACCGGGAAGGAAAAUAGAAUGUCGUUGGGUGGACCCCGGUGAUCCUGACUUUGAGGUGGCUCAGGAGCUUGUACAUUUGACGAGGAAACAUGCUGCAGAGGUCGCUUUUCUGCUCGAGCGUGAAGCAGAAGAGGAGAAAAAGCUUGCAAAUCAGCAGGCCGAGGCCUUAAAGUCAAAUUAUAAGAAGUUUGAGCUGAUUGACAAUGCUGUUGCUGAUAAAACUGCUCUGCGUCUGGGAGCCCGAUAUAACAUUCGUGUUUCUGAUGCUUGAAGGCUUGAAUUGUCUCAAUGAGUGGCGAUUCGCAACACCUAAACUAGCAGUCAUGUAAAUGUUGGCCUUCCGAUUGAAAAUCUUGUUUUCUUUUGUGUAUUUAUCUGUUUUCUUGAUCAUUUUAUUUUAGAAAUAAUGUGCAUGACAGGCCUUUCUGUAAUAGACAUACUCAACAGUAGCAGAAAUAUAAAAUUUUCAUUCAUAAACUCUUU